GAAAAGCAAAACACACGUAAAAAUGGAGAAAAAGUUUUUCAUUCUGUUGCUGGGAUAUUUGGCAUUGCACUAUUUGGAUGCAUCCCCUUCGCCAUUACCGCUUCCGUUGGAUAAUUUCAGCACGGGAAAGAACAGUUCUAACGAGGUGAAGGAUAUUUACGCAAAAUGCAAUGAAAGUUUUAAAAUUAUGCCAGAAUACUUGACGGAACUCAAUGAGACUGGAAGUUUCCCCGACGAAGCUGAAAAAGUCCCAAUGUGUUUCAUCAAAUGCUAUCUCGAGCAAGUUGGAAUCUGGUCUAACGUCACAGUGAACACGGAACGAGCUCUCGAAUUGCAGUGGAUCGACACUCCCGAAGAUGUCGAAGAAUGUUUGCCCGAAAUGAUGGGUGACACGGAGUGCGAAAAGGCGUAUUACAUGACGCGAUGCAUCGUAACUCGUGCCUUGGUCGAUGGCAGAGGUCACAACAGCAGAUGAGACGAACUCUAAAAGGCUUUCUGUGAGGAAAAGUCGUACUCUUUAUUAUGUCAGGACAUUAUUAUUAGCACGUAGUUAUGUAGAUUUAACCGAAAAAGUCGAGUAAACUUGGGGCAG